AUGUCUCAAAUUUGGGCGAGUUUUACGAAAGGCGUUGAUGAAGAGAACAAACAUUUAGUUUUUUGCAAUGCUUGUGGAAAAAGUUUCAAAACUUCAGGGAGUACAGGCACAUUAUGGAAUCACAUGAGAAUUAAACACAAUAUGGAUGGACUUUCUCGUGAUAAACCAAAAAAAAGAUCAUUAGAAGAGGAUGACAAUGAUAGUGUUCAGCAAAAUAAUAGCAUGAAUACUGAACCAUCAACAUCUACAUCAGUAUCAGAAUCUGGAAACUUAGGGGUAUUAAUGCAGCCAAAGAUUACUGAAAUGUUCUUUUCGCCGUCUGUAUCAGCCAAAAGACAAGAGCAAAUUACAGACAGCCUUGUAAAAUUUAUAGCCAAAGAUAUGCUGCCACUAUCAACAGUGGAUGGUGUUGUCGAUGGUGUUGGUUUUAUUGAAUUUAUGAAGAAGAUAUCACCAAAUUAUGAAAUACCAAGUCGGUUUACAAUCAAAAGGAAGAUUCAAGGACUAUACGAGACAGAAAGACAUAAAGUAGCCAAUGAAAUAAAAAACAUAGACUCAAUAGCACUAACUACUGACUGUUGGACCAGUAAAGCUAUAGAGUCUUAUAUAACAGUUACGGCACAUGGCAUUAAUAAAAAUUGGAAAAUGGUCAAUUAUAUUAUUACAACUGAAUUAAUGGAUGAGCGACAUACCAGUAUAAAUUUAAAACAAAAAUUAUUGGAUAUUAUGAAGGAAUGGGAAAUUGAUACAAAAACUAUGUGUAUUGUGCAUGACAAUGCGGUAAAUAUUAAGAAUGCCGUUACUACAAUGGCUCCAAACAUUAAAAGUAGGACAUGUUUCGCUCAUUCAUUGCAGUUAUGUGUUAACAAAGGUUUGGAAGAAAAUGAAAUAAAACAAAUUCUAAUUACUGCAUCUACAAUCGUUUCACAUUUCAAACACUCAACAGUAGCAAUCAAAGCACUUCAAGUAGCACAGAAAAAAUUUAAAAUGCCAGAAAAAAAAUUAAUUCAGUCUGUUAAAACUAGAUGGAACUCAAUUUAUGCAAUGGUUGAACGACUUAUCGAAUCUCGACAAUGUAUAAGCAUAGUUUUAAAUGACCGUAAUACCACAACUAGAACAACAGCAAUAUCACUGGAACUCAGCGAAAGUAAAUGGGAGCUAUUGGAGCAGCUAGUUAAAGUGCUCAAGCCUUUCGAUCUUGUUACUAAAGUCUUAUCAUCUGCAACAACUCCAACAAUAUCAACUGUACAUCCAAUUUUAAAAAGUAUUGUCCAACACUAUUUGACUCCCAACGAAUCUGACCAACAUAAAAUUAAAAUAUUUAAAGAAACAUUGUCCCAAGAGUUCGAAGUAAGAUUUUUUAGUCAAAUGCACAAUGAUUCUAAAUUUCUUCUAAAUAUUGCUUCACUUUUAGACCCACGUUAUAAAAAUUUUUUUGAUGACGAUAGUGAUACUUUAAUUACCUUAAAAGAUUUUAUUAUGCAUCAUUUAAAUUAUGAAGAUUCUUCAAUUGAUGAUACUACCAAUCAGCCAAACCCUGUAGUAUCUGCUUUGGAUAUUUUAUUUCCCCAAAAUCAUAAUGGUGAAGAUAUAAUUGAACAAAAUGAGCUCGACAAAUACUUAAAAGAAAACUGUAUUAACAAGAAUGCCUGUCCAUUAACAUGGUGGGCUGAAAAUGACAAGAAAUAUCCAGUGAUAUCAAAACUUGCUAAAAAAUAUUUAUGUAUCCCGUCAACAUCUACGCCCUCAGAGAGAGCUUUUUCUACAGCGGGGAAUAUUAUAACUUCUAAAAGAAAUUGUCUGGCUGGUGAAACAGCCAAAUGGUUAAUAUUUCUUUCACAUAAUGCUAAAUUACAAUAAUUAUAAAUUAGCAUUAUGUGAAAGAAAUAUUAACAAUUUUGGUUAAAAAUUUUCAAAACUAAAAAAACAAUAUACUACUUAUUUUAUUUUAUUUUAAUAUUCUAUUUUAUUAUUUUUGACUUCAUUAAUAAUUUUUUUUAACUUUGACACAAGUAUAAUAUACUAUACAUAUUAUGUACGCACAUAAAAAUUCUUUUUUUAUAUUAAUAAAAAUAAUAAAUGCCAACUUGAUUCUUUCUAAAUUCUAGCUCUUACUGCACAGGUAGAUGUCAAAUAUUGUGAACAACUCGAAAACCCGGGUGUAUUUGCUAUUAAGGCUCUUAUAACAGUCAAUUUUCAAUUGAUCUGAGAUCGUAAUUCGCAUUAUUCAGGUUGAUAAUAAUGAAAAAAUAGCUGAUUAUCUCAUAAACAAAGAAGCCGGAUUGAAU